UUAUUCUCUGUAGGAUUGUAUUACAAGAAAAAAUCAUCCUGAAAAGGCAUCUGGUUCUGAAAUUGUGUUUACAAGAGUAAAACACUUUUGGUUUCACAAAGUGUUGAGUGGUGUGUUCAGUUUAGUGUCGCUCUCUUGCCUCGUCUAGAUCGCCAGAGACAUUCACCUAAGCAGCAAUAUAGAAAGACAAACGUGAGACGGCGAGUGAGAGCCAGCAGAAAACGAAAGGGAUAAGACGCUCGCGUUAUCUCACCGAGUUUGACUAGCUGGAGACCCCAACAAAACGACGUAACGCAACGAAGCGAAUUUGAUCAUCGCAUUCAUUCUCUCCUUCAUCAGAAUGUGCAUAUGUGUACCAACGCCAAAGGCAACGGAAACAUGAGCAACUUGUCUCAUGAUAAGUGGAGACACAGUUAGUUCUUCAUCCUAAAAAAGCCGUAUAGAUUUCUCAGCUUAGUCAACUAAAGUACAUACAUUCCAUACUUAUGUGUGUAUGUAUGUGCAUGCACGGAGAGUCAUAAACCCGUAAACUCUACGAUUUAUCAAUUCUUUUGCCAAUACACAUUUACUUAUCACCACUGAAGAAGAUGUGAAUGGGAAGUGAGUGUACUUAAGCACAGAAGAAUGAAUGGAGAAUAACAAUUUCAUUUAUUACAAUACCUGCAUAAUAAAGCCCUGUUUUGUAACCUGAAACGACAGGUUUUCCAAUAGUGUGGGUGAAAAUGUGGAAGUUAUUACAAUUGUGUACCUGCAGUGUUUUAGUACUGUUAAUAGAAAAGACUGAUUCCCAACAAGAAUCAACGAGAUGUUAUGACGAGUUUGGGAAACCACAGCGCUGCUACCCUGAGUUUGUGAAUGCUGCUUUUAAUAAACAUGUCGAAGCUACCAACACCUGUGGUGUAGAAGGUCCUUCCGAGUUUUGCAUACAAAGUACUGUAAAUGGGAAUCGGAGACCAUGCGACAUUUGCGAUGCAAGAAAUCCCAGGACUGCACAUCCUCCAGAAUACUUGACUGAUUUAAACAACAAUGACGAUGAAACGUGGUGGCAGUCCGGGACCAUGUUUGAAGACGUUGAAUGGCCAGUUCGAGUAAAUCUGACGCUCAACUUGAGGAAAAGCUUUGACAUUACAUACAUUCGCUUAAAAUUUCACUCUCCACGCCCGGAGAGCUUUGCCAUAUAUAAGAGAACAACAGAAGACAAUGAAUGGGUGCCUUACCAAUUUUACAGUGCAAACUGCAGAGGUUUUUACGGGGUUCCUGAUCUGGGCUACAUCGAGAGUGGGGGAGAAGAAACACGGGCAUUGUGCACCUCAGAAUUCUCAGACAUUUCUCCACUGACGGGGGGCAAUGUAGCUUUCUCCACGUUGGAAGGACGGUCAUCCGCCUACAAUUAUGAUAAAUCCAGAGAACUUCAAGAAUGGGUUACAGCCACGGACAUUCGAAUUACUUUGGACCGACACAACACUUUUGGAGACGAAUUGUUUUCUGAUAUCAAAGUACUCAAGUCUUACUUUUAUGCCAUCACUGACCUAGCCGUGGGAGGAAGAUGCAAAUGUAAUGGACACGCUUCUGAAUGCACGCACAGCAGUAGCCAGACACAUGAACAACGAUUAGUUUGCAAGUGUGAGCAUAAUACGAAUGGACCAGAUUGCAAUGAAUGCCUUCCAUUUUAUAAUGACAAGCCAUGGGGAAGGGCAACGCAUGAGGAUCCUCAUGAAUGCAGAGCUUGCAACUGUAAUGGGUUUUCGGAUCGCUGCUUUUUCGACCAAAAGUUAUACGAAGAGUCUGGUCAUGGGGGCCACUGUUCGGAUUGUAGAGGAAAUCGGGAUGGACCCAACUGCGAACGAUGUCGGAUAAAUUAUUAUCAAAGAUCGGACGGAUACUGCAUUCCGUGUCACUGCAAUGACAUUGGGUCAAGAAGUCUUCAGUGUAAUAGCGAAGGAAAAUGUCAGUGUAAACCAGGAGUAUCAGGAGACAAGUGCGACAUGUGUCAGGCCAAUUUUUACGAUUUUAGCCCCCAAGGAUGCAAGUCGUGUUCAUGUAGUUUGUCUGGAAGUUAUGGGAAUGAGCCUAAUUGUGACACCAUUAGCGGUCUCUGUCGCUGCAAGGAAAAUGUAGAAGGUCAACAGUGUGGAAACUGCAAGCCUGGUUUCUUCAAUCUUGACCUCUCAAAUGAUUUCGGAUGUACGCCAUGCUUCUGCUUUGGACAUGCUGCAGUUUGCAGGUCUGCUCCAGGAUAUGGACAAGUGCUCUUGGAAAGUCUUUUCACACGAAACAAUGAACGAUGGACUGCUGAAGAAGGUUUUGGUCGAACCGUUUCAACGCAAUAUAACGCUGUAACUCAAAAUCUCGGAGUUAGUUCUAUUGGUCGAGAAGCAGUAUAUUUUGUCGCCCCAGAUCGCUUUUUGGGUGACCAGCGAGGAAGCUACAAUCAAGAAUUAAACUUUACCCUCAGAAUUGGAGAGCAUAGCCCAAAACCAUCCGCAGAUGAUGUCAUUCUAGAAGGUGCCGGCCUUCGGGUGUCAAGACCUAUUUUUGGACAAAGGAAUGCAUUGCCGUCUAUUCAAAAUCAGGACUACUCGUUCCGGUUACAUGAACACCCUGACUUUGGUUGGAACCCUCGACUCCCGAGUCGGGAUUUUAUGAGCAUUUUAUCCAAUCUCACAGCAAUUAAAAUUCGAGGAACUUUCACCUCACGAGGAGUUGGAUUUUUGGAUAAUGUAAAACUGGAAACAGCUCGACGAGGGGCUGCUGGAUCUCCGGCACCUUGGAUUGAGAUGUGCUCAUGUCCAGAAGGGUACAUUGGUCAAUUCUGCGAAUCCUGUGCUCCAGGAUAUACACAUGAGCCUAGAAAUGGUGGCCCUUUCGCCCGUUGUGUCCCCUGCUCGUGCAAUGGUCAUGCAGAAAUUUGUGAUCCUGAAUCAGGCCAAUGCAUUUGUCAGCACAACACUGGAGGCGAUAACUGUGAGAGAUGUGCCCGUGGAUUUUAUGGAAAUGCAUUGAAAGGAACGCCGAAUGACUGCAAACCUUGUCCUUGUCCGAACAAGGGAGCUUGCAUCCAACUCCAAGACGAACAGAUUGUGUGUCUUGAAUGUCCCACAGGUUAUGCAGGUCCGCAAUGUGAGUUUUGUGGAGAUGGCUAUUUUGGUAAUCCAAUGGGACAAGUUGGUCCAAAAACUGAGUGUCAACCUUGUCAGUGUAAUGAGAACAUAGAUCCUAAUGCUGUCGGGAAUUGUAACAGGACGACCGGCGAAUGUCUCAAGUGUAUUUAUAAUACGGAUGGACCCAGGUGCGAAGAAUGCGCUGCAGGAUUUUACGGAGAUGCUCUAGCCAUGCCCAAAGGAGAUUGCAAACAUUGUGAAUGUAACGCCUUGGGAGCGAUUCCGAGCCCAGAUAAUGGUUUUGUUUGUGAACAACCCACGGGACAAUGUCCUUGUAAAGACAAUGUUAUUGGGCGACAAUGUGACCUAUGUGAGGACGGAUUUUUCAAUCUCGCAAGUGGGCUGGGAUGCAAAGAAUGUCAGUGUGACCCCGUCGGAGCCAUCAAUGCCACUUGCAAUAUGCGAACUGGUCAAUGUUUUGGUAGAGAAGGAGUUGUUGGGCUUCGGUCUAACGAAUGUGCUCCAAAUCACUUUGGAUUCUCUGACGAUGGUUGUGAGCCUUGCGACUGUGAUCCAAUUGGGUCCUUGGCUCUGCAGUGCGAUCCAUUAGGACAAUGUCCGUGUCGGGACAAUGUGGAAGGCCAACAUUGCGAGCGGUGCAAAGAAAACAAAUUUAAUCGACAAGCAGGAUGCGUCAACUGUCCGGCGUGCUACAAUCUCGUUCAAGAAGCAGUCAAUUCACAAAGACAAAAGUUAAUGGAAAUGGAGAAACUACUGGACGACAUAGCAAAUACGCCGACUGUAAUUGAUGAUUUGGACUUUGAAAGAAAGUUGGAACAAGUCAAAGAUCGAGUAAAUCAAUUGUGGACGGAUGCAAGAUCAGCCACGGGAGGUGAUGAUAAAAGUUUACUGGAGAAAGUUAAUGAACUAAAAGAUAAAAUCAAUUCAAUGGACUCUACUGUAAAGCAAAUUCGUGACUCGGUGAAACAAUGUAAAACAAAUGCGAGAGAAAGUUCGUCCAACUUGACAGCCACUGAGGAAACAAUAGAGCGAGCUCAAGAGGCCUUGAAAAUUGCACAGAGAUUUUUGGACAGUGAUGGAAAGGAAGCGUUGGAGCGAGCCCAAGAGAAAUCUCGACAACAUGGACAACAACGCACGUUAAUGAGCGGUCUCGCCCGGGAUGCACGUCUCCUUGCUGAAGUCCACGAGGAUGAGGCACUAAAACUGGAGAAAAUUGGAGCCAUGGCAUUGAAUACAUCAAAGGAGGCUCAUGACAUAGCAUGGAACUCUAUUCAUCAACAGCGCAAUGCGAGUGAAGAGUCAAGGAUUUUGGUUCAAGCCGUGCAACAACUUGAGGAUGAGGUGAAAGUAACGCAUAUGAAGGCAAAGAAUGCUCUGGAUGUUGCCCAAGAGGCGUAUAACAACGCCCUUAAUCUCUUCAAGGAUGCAUACUCCCUAACUCUGCCUGAUAUUGAUUUUAAUGCUAUAAAAGAUCAAGCAAAGAGAGCAAAGGAUGAGGCACAGUCGCUGAAAGACUCCGUGGAUAAACUACUAAAAGAUCGGGAGCAACUUUUGGCUGAUGCUCAUCAAGAAUCUCUACAAGCCAAAGAUCUCCUCACAAACACGUAUGAACAUCAACAAAGGGCGGAAGAACUUUUAGCGGAUUUGGACAAGGCAAAAGCGUCGGCGGAUAGAGCGAGAAACCAAUCAGAAAAUACUUAUAAGGAGGCUCAAAAAAUUUACAAUACGCUUCAAGAUUUUACCAAAAAUGUAGAGAAUAGUAAAGUUGAAGCUGAGCUGGCGAAGGCUAACAUUCCCGAAAUUCGUAACAUAAUUUAUGCUGCUGAAAAACAAACUCGAGAAAACAAGGCCGCAUUACAUGGAGCAAAGGAUGCAGCUUCCAGAUCAUUAUUGGAUGCAGACGAAGCAAAAACUAUUGCAGAGAAAGCCAGCAAUGAAGCAGACGCCGUAGUCAAAGAGUGCGCUGACACGAAAGAGAAAGCCAACGAGUUGAAAGAUGCAGCUGAACGUCUCAGCACAGAAGUUACCAACACAAUGGCAAAAUUAACCGACUCUGAGAGGAAAGUGGGGGAUGAGGAUUCUCAGGUGAAAACGGCUUUAGACAAGGCGUCGGAGGCCCAAACCAGGUCCAAGGAAGGAUAUGAAAAAGUGCAGAGAGCUUUAAGCACUGUUCGGGACAUUUCACUGGCCCUGAAUAAUUUGGAUCAAAUCAAUGAAGAAGGCUUGUCCAGCUUAACUCGAAAGAUCAAUGAAGUUGAGGAUGAGUUGGAGAAAGCAGGAUUGGACGCAACUAUCCAAACGUUACGAUCAGCUCGGAACAAACAGGCCUUAUGGAUCAAGAAUUAUGAAGACGAAUUGGAAAUUUUAAGAAAGGAAGUAGAAAAUGUACAGGAAAUUCGUAAUGCACUUCCACCUGACCAGGGCAUUAAUUCCAAGUGUUGGAAGAGGAUUAGACUCGAGCCGUAAUUAAGUAAAUAAGGACACUGCCAAAAGAGAUGGAUAGAAAGAUCUCUCUCCUACAACAACCUAAUAUUAACUGUUAAAUACAUAAAUACCUUAUCCUCUGCCUCAACCCAUACUGCCGACCAAUUUAAAUUAUUGACUAGUUUAAGGACAUUACAUAUACGUACAUAUGCACAAUCAAUACUAUUUAUUAUAGUAUUAUAUUAUAUACUUAUACAUAUAGUAAAUAAAUGCGUGCCAUUAGAAUAAUACGUGUA